AUGUUAGAGCCAUCUGUUCUGGGGACACUGACCAAUACGACUUCAAAUGGAGAAAAUUCAACAAAUAGAAGAGGCAGCACUGCAUCGAAUGUUGAAAAUCGAGAUGAGCACGAGUUUGAAAUUAACAACAAUCCAGUAAUGAAAAGAAGGCAGUCCUUGAGACCAUCAGAUAGAAACCAAAAUGAAAGCAUUGCUCCACUUCUGAAUCAAUAUGACUCAAUUGUACAAAAUAUACCUGAAUCAUUGCCAACAACUCCUGGUUAUGAGAUUAGUCACCAAAUGUUUGAAAAGGGCUUUCAACAACAGAAAGACAUUGGGCUCCCGGUUCAAAGACCAAACUUGUACAGAAAGGAUACGAACUUACCUACGGAUAUUAGUUCUUGGGACAAUUCUAAUGAAAUAAGAGAUGCCAUAUCUAAAAUUCCCACUCGGAGGACUUCGAUUAUACCAGAAGAAAGGAUUAACUUAACUGGCGAAGAUGAUCUGUCAGUUGCGAGGACAUUUGACUCAGGUAUAAUGACAUUUAAUAAUCCACCCAAAAAUCUAUGGAGAGCCAUUUCCUGCUUCUGUUGGUCCUUCACAGGAGGUUUCUCUGAUGGUGCUCCGGGUGCGCUUUUACCUUACAUUGAAGAGUACUAUGGUAUUUCAUACUCCAUUGUUUCCCUCAUCUGGAUGUCCAAUGCCGUUGGGUUCAUUCUAGUUGCACUCUUUUCACAUAAAAUCCAACAAUGGUUUACUAAGAGAAACUCCAUUUUAUUGGGAUGCUUAUCUUCGUGCAUCAUGUUCGCCCUUGUACUGACAGGCUCCAAAUUCCCACUCAUUGUAACCGGGUUCUUCUUCGGUGGAAUUGGUUUGGCUAUUUGCCUUUCCCAAAUGAACAUUUUUCUUAGCAGGCUAGACAAAGCAUCUACAGCAUUAGGAUACUACCAUGGAUCUUAUGGUCUUGGUGCUUCCGUCUCUCCUUUAAUUGCUACGCAGUUUAUUAAUAGAGGUAUUCCAUGGCAUUACUUUUAUCUUAUUUUGCUCGGGUUAAUGCUUUUUAACGCCGGAAAUACGUACCAUGCAUUUGCAGGAUCCACUACGGACUUGGCACCAUGGGAACAUGUCGACGAAGUAGCUCAUGUUAAGGACGACCAAGAGCCUAUUAAUGCUUCUGGUCACGAAGAGACAGAAAUUGGUUUGCAGGAUCUUGGAAGAAGAGCUAGUAGGGUUUCCAACAGCUCAGAAAGAAAGCAAGCAAGAGAAAUGGUGAAGGAUGUUAAGCCGCAGACGGAAAUGCAUUUGGCUUUACAAAAUCGUUUGACUUGGCUCAUGUCAUUUUUUGUGCUCUUCUAUCAGGGUGCAGAGGUUUCUAUGGGAGGAUGGAUUGUCACAUAUUUGCUUGAUUAUAGACAUGGUAAUUCAAAGACCGUUGGUUAUGUCGCCUCAGGAUUUUGGUUUGGUUUGACUCUUGGACGUCUUUUUCUCACGAGACCAUUCCAUAAAUACGUUGGAGCUCGUAGGGGCAUAAUCUUAAUGGCUGUUUUAUCAAUUAUAGCAAUUAUAUUAACUUGGGUUAUUCCUAACGUAAUAGCCGCAGGGGUAUUCGUCUCAAUAGCAGGGGUAUUUAUCGGCCCUACUUACCCAUUAAUGGUUACAUUAGCUGCAAGAAUAUUACCUAGAAAAAUUCAAGUGGUUUCUUUAACUAUUAUGACAGCCUUUGGGUCUUCAGGUGGAGCCAUAUUCCCUUUCUUGGUUGGUUUAAUAUCCCAAUUUUCAGGACCUUUCGUUGUUUUACCAAUUUUUAUAGGGCUCUAUACAUCCAUGCUCGUCCUUUGGAUAGUCUUACCUAAUGUCGAGGGAAGAGAUAGAAUUGGAGGUAAAAUGUCACUUUGGCAAAGAUUUUGGUAA